CAGAGUUGUCAAAACAAAAAACCUUAUCAACAUACAUACGACAAUCUCUUGCAGAUCAAUUUCCAACACUAUGUGGAGCCAGCUAAUCCUUGUCAUCCUAGCCGCUGCUGCAUCAGUCCGCUGUGCUGCCGCUGCCACAAGCGGUGGUAAGUGGGACAUGCUGCUAAAAAAUGUGGGCAUCUCUGCCAUGCACAUGCAACUCCUCAAUAACAACCGUGUAAUCAUGUUUGAUCGUACAGAUUUCGGCCACUCCAAUUUGUCACUUCCCAACCACAAAUGUCGUACUUAUCCAAGCAACAAAGGGACUUUAAUUGUUGACUGCACUGCGCAUUCGGUGGAAUAUGAUGUUCACACCAAUACCAUACGUCCGCUCAUGGUACUCACUGAUUUUUGGUGUUCGUCCGGCGCUGUCAUGCCUGACGGUAGCUUGGUUCAGACGGGCGGUUACCAUGGCGGUGAUCAUGCGGUCAGAGUCUUCAAGCCGUGCGAUAAUGGUUCAUGCGACUGGCAAGAAAACGUAUCUGGAUUGAUUCAGAGGAGAUGGUAUGCUACGAAUCAAAUCUUACCUGACGGCCGUCAGAUUAUAAUUGGCGGCCGCAGACAAUUUAAUUACGAGUUUUAUCCAAAAACCGGUCUGACUGUUUCGUACAACCUGCCCUUUUUGUUUCAAACAAAUGAUCCGGGGAUUGAAAAUAAUUUGUACCCUUUUGUUUUCCUUAAUGUCGACGGGAAUUUAUUUAUUUUUGCCAAUAAUCGGUCUAUAUUGUUCGACUAUCAUAAAAACGUGGUGGUAAGGACUUAUCCUAACGUGCCAGGUGGCGAUCCACGGAGUUAUCCGAGUACCGGCUCCGCGGUUCUUCUUCCACUUAAGAUGACACAAGGAGACGAAGUUGAAGCUGAAGUAUUGGUGUGUGGUGGUGCACCAAAAGGUUCAUACACGAGUGCAAAUAAGAGUCAUAAAUUUGUAAAUGCAUUGGAUUCUUGUGGAAGAAUUAAAAUAAACGAGGCGAAGCCACAAUGGGUCAUGGACAAAAUGCCUAUGCCUAGAGUCAUGGGUGACAUGCUGUUGCUUCCUAAUGCUAAGGUUUUGAUCAUUAAUGGUGCCUCGGCCGGUACGGCUGGUUGGGAAAUGGGUCGGGACCCGGUUUUAAACCCGGUUUUGUACAACCCGGAUGAGAACAUCGAAUCAAGGUUCGAGGUUCAAAACCCCAGCAAAAUUCCGCGAAUGUAUCACUCGUCAACAAUCUUAUUAGGUGAUGGCAGGGUUCUAGUUGGAGGAAGCAACCCUCAUAUAAAAUAUGAUUUUACAGGAGUUUUGUUUCCUACAGAAUUAAGUUUGGAAUCUUUUUCACCUUCGUAUUUGGAUCCGAUAUACGCAUAUUUACGCCCCACCAUUAUAUCGCCCGUUAGUCGGAUAAAAAUCGGGUAUGGGCAACGAGUUCCGAUUAGAUUUUCGGUUCCGGGUAGAGUCAAAAUGGAUAUGGUUCGUGUGACAAUGAUUGCACCAUCGUUUACUACGCACUCGUUUAGCAUGAACCAAAGAUUGUUGGUGCUGAGAAGUGAAGAUGUGAAAAUUGUGGGACGAUCCAAAUACCAAAUACGGGUGGUGACACCCGGGUCGGGUAAUCUUGCACCGUCAGGAUAUUACAUGAUUUUUGUGGUUCAUCAAGAGAUUCCUAGUGAGGCUAUUUGGGUUCAAAUUCAGUGAUCGACUACAAAAGUAAUUAUAGGAAAAGUAGCAGGUCUUGAUUUAUUAUAUUGAUGGGUAAAUUUAUUUAUAGUUAAAAAAAAGAUUGCGCAUUUAUAGAAGUUCUUCCAGGUUGAAUCAUA